CUGGGCGCAGUGGGAGCCAUGUUUGUGUGGAAUGUCCGCGUUGUUGGAAGUAGGCUAGUUUACUGGGAUUAUCACCAAAGUAAAGAUAAGAUUUCAAACGCUUUAAUAACUAAGUCGUGUACUCUCGAAAAUUCACCAAGGUAAUACGACAACGACAAAACAUACUAGAUUUUAUUUUGAGGCAAAGUUUGUAUACGCACGUGAUCGUCGUUAACCAAUAGGGGACCCGCUGACGUUGCUGUGAAAUAUGUUCUUUGUUGUGGAUUUCUCCGUAAUACCUGAAAAUGCUUUGAAAUAUACGGGUAAUGGCUAAUAUGGAGAUGGAUGGAAUAUACCUCACAGUAGCAAAUGGAUCUAAACAUGUGUGCUUUUUUUGUUAAUGCGGCGUUCAUCUGGCCUUUUUUUUUUUUCCUAAAGAACUCUGCGCCAAGAAUCCGAUCCUAAUCACAUAUCACAUGACGCACCCUCCCCCACCCGAUCCAAUGAAGGGGAAGAAGUCAGACAUGUUUGGAGGAAAUGUUGAAUAAAGAAACGUGGCUGAAGACAAGAAGAAAAAAGGAAAUGUCUAAAGUAUGCGGAUUUUUAGAUGGACUUUUUUGGCUUGUUACUUUGACUUAAUGUAAUUUGGGAUCUUUUUUUCUUGGCAAAGGGCACAUGAACAUAUCACUUUUAAUCUUAUUUUAAUAGUCUAGUUAUAUAUUUCACGAUAUCAUGUAUAGUAGAUUUAACGUUAAAAGCUGACCAAGCAAUGUAGACGACGUUUUUAUCGCUUAGAAAUUUUAGUUGUGUUAUUGAGUGUCAUUGCAACAGACGUGUAACCUUGUUAGUGGGGGUGGGGUGAAGUAGUUGCAUUAGAUAAGCUAACAAUGCAGUGUGGUAAUCAGUUUAAAGUUGAGAAUUCUCAUGGUAUCUUUCUUUUAUAACAGAUUAUAUCUUGUGUUGUAGGCCUAGUGUUGAUCAUAACAUAGGUGUUUGAAUUGGUAAGUGAGCCUAAGGGCACGAGCACCAAGUCUGUAAUUUAGAUCUUUGUUGUGUUUUUUUAGAUAAAAUGGCGUCUUCGCACUCAAUUUUGGAAUUUACUGGCUUGACAAAGUGUUGCGAGUUGACAUUGGUUCACGUGCUAUUUGUGGCGUCCUUGGGGAAAUGGGUCAGAUAUUGCUUUAUUUUAGCAGAAAACACAUGGAUGCAUUUUCCUGCCAUGCUUUCACUUUAGUUUGUAGUGUUUUUUCGUCAAGGAACAUGGAACCAGGGAGGAAACUGGUUUUGGUUAAAAGUGCUGUGUCAUUUCAAUGGAGGACAUUUUCUGUAGGCCUUGUAGAACCUGCCCCGUUCUAGGAAGCCGAUGGACUGAACGGGUCAUGUUAAAAUAGUGAACCCGUUUGACUGAGUUUCGUGAGCACUUCUGAAAUGCCAAAUGGCAAUUACCACGUGGAUUAAAAUGAUAAUGCCAUGUGCAGCUUGUCUUGUUGUGAGACAUAGGUUUCAGUUAUUGGUAGUCUUUUCACGUAAGGUGUAAAUGUCAUUGAGUGAAAAGGUUACAGAUUGCAACAGCAUCACGUUUGAUUUUGGGUUCAGAAGAGGCGUUUUAUCGUGAAAUAGUGCUUAUCACAACCUUCCAAAAUGGCGACGGCACAUCGGGAUAGUGAGGCGAGUCGACUGCGGGAAAGUAGAAAAUAGCAUGGUGUUUCGUGGUGUAUGUGGCAGUAGUCUGAUACUCGUGAUGUAAUCAACGGACCAAUGGUGUGCCUUGACGUUGCGCUCAAAGCCCGCGCUUAGGUCUCAGACACCAAUCGGGGUUAUCUUUUAGUCCAUGUUGGUGUAAUGCAACUGGCGGAAAACUAUUAGCCAUUUGGAUAUUAAGACUAGAAAAUCGGGGAGAGGGCAGUAGUAUUCUGGAGGUUGUGCUUUAGUUACUGGUUUACAAACGCAGUGUUGUUGAGAAUUCCUGGUAGGUAACAACUGAAUGGAAAUCGAUGGCGGUGAACCUACGGGAGGAUCUGGGUGUGGUUUAUUUGAUUGACGGUUGGGUAAACGUAUAGACGUCAGGGAGGCGUGGCUUUCUUGGUGUGGUUAAGCCAAUAGUGUUGCUAGAUGUUUUAUAAAUAGUCGGGCGGAUUCAUUUUGUCGCCAUUUCACUGAAGCUGUGUUGAGGAGGUCGGAAAGGAACUGGGAGGAAAGGCGAAACGGGAACCUGAGAGAAACGGGUAUACUAAACAGAAUCCGGAUCCAUCCUGAUGGAGACGGCCUUAAACCCGCCCCUUGACAGCCUCUCUCUGGGCGGGGGCGACCUGGUCAUGCAAGGCAUCACCGCGGUGAUGGAGCAGCAACAGUCGGGCGGAGGGGCAGGCAAGCGCAUCCGCAAGCCAUCGCUGCUCUUCGAGGGCUUUGAGGGUCCCCCACUGCUGCCCCACUCGGCCCCCAACUCCGGGCCUUCACAGCCGCCCGUGCGAGACCCCGCCCGCCAGUGCCGCAUGACCAAUCAGCUGCAGUUCCUCCAAAAGGUGGUGGUGAAGUACCUCUGGAGGCACCACUUUGCCUGGCCCUUCCACGAGCCGGUGGACGCCUCUAAACUCAACUUGCCUGACUACCAUAAAAUCAUCAAGCAGCCCAUGGACAUGGGCACCAUCAAGAGGCGUCUGGAGAACAACUACUACCGUGGCGCCAGCGAGUGCAUGCAGGACUUCAACACCAUGUUCACCAACUGCUACAUCUACAACAAGCCUACAGAUGACAUUGUCCUGAUGGCUCAGUCUCUGGAGAAGGCGUUCCUUCAGAAGGUGGCCCAGAUGCCUCAGGACGAGGUGGAAAUGGCCACCCCUGUGCCACGAGCCAAACCGGGCAAGGUGGGAAAAGGCCGGCGAAACACUGCUCCAGGCGGUGUGACCACGGCCCACCAGGUCCCGGCCAUCUCUUCGGUCUCGCAGUCAGCAUACUCGCCCCCGACGCCCGACACCCCUGACCCCAUCUACGGUCCCCCACAGACUCUGCUGGCCAAGAGUCUGCCCCCCAUGCCGCCUGCUAUGAUGGCUGUCCCCCCAACACAGCCCACUACCAAGAAAAAGGGUGUAAAGAGGAAAGCAGACACCACCACCCCCACCACCAUGGUCAUGCCUCUCAUGGGCGUUGGCAGCAUGGGCCUGGGCAUGGGCCUGGACAGUGGCAGCGACUCCCCUCUGACCCUCUCGUCCCUGGGCAUGGGUAUGGGCAUGGACUCGAAGCCCGGCCGGGGCAUGCUGGGCAUGGGGCGCGGCGGCGGCCUGGCGGGGAAGGCUCCGGCGAGGCGCGGAGGCAGCGGCCGGCCCAUCAAGCCGCCCAAGAAGGACCUGCCGGACUCGCAGCAGCACCAGCCGUCACGGCGCGGCAAGCUGAGCCCCAGCCUCAAGCACUGCAACGGCAUCCUGAAGGAGCUGCUCUCCAAGAAGCACGCCGCCUACGCCUGGCCCUUCUACAAGCCCGUGGACGCCUCCACACUGGGCCUCCACGACUACCAUGACAUCAUCAAGCACCCCAUGGACCUUAGCACCAUUAAGAGGAAGAUGGAUGGCCGGGAGUACCGAGAAGCACAGCAGUUUGCCGCCGACGUGCGGCUGAUGUACUCCAACUGCUACAAGUACAACCCGCCCGACCAUGACGUGGUGGCUAUGGCCCGAAAGCUGCAGGAUGUGUUUGAGUUCCGCUUCGCUAAGAUGCCAGACGAGCCCCUGUCUCGCAUGCCGCCACCAUCCCUGGGCGGUGGUCUGGGCGGUCACUCGUCCUCCUCCUCAUCUUCGUCGUCGUCGUCGUCGGAGAGCGACCCCAGCAGCGAGAGCGAAAGCAGCCCCAGCUCGGACAGCGAGGAGGAGCGUGCGCACCGCCUGGCUGAGCUGCAGGAACAGGUGUGUAUGCAGCUGAGGGCGGUGCAUGAGCAGCUGGCGGCGCUCUCGCAGGGCCCCAUCGUCAAGCCCAAGAAGAAGCGCGACAAGAAGGACAAGAAGAAGAAGAAGAAGCCGGAGAAGCACCGAAGCAGCCGCGCUCCCGCCCCCGUGUUGGACGUCGAGCCAGUGGUGCGGCCCGCCAAGGUGCCCAAGGUCGCCAAGACGCCCAAGACCAAGAGCAGCAAGGCGGCACCCACCUCCACGCAGGGCAAGAAGGGGGCGACCAAGAAGAGCAACAAGAGCAAGUCCUCCAAGAAGGCGAUGCCCCCGCCCAUGCCGCUGCUGCCCCACUACGACUCGGACGAGGAGGAGGAGACCAGCCCCAUGUCGUACGACGAGAAGCGGCAGCUGAGCCUGGACAUCAACAAGCUGCCGGGCGAGAAGCUGGGCCGCGUGGUGCACAUCAUCCAGGCGCGCGAGCCCUCGCUGCGCGACACCAACCCCGAGGAGAUCGAGAUCGACUUCGAGACGCUCAAGCCGUCCACGCUGCGCGAGCUGGAGAGAUACGUCAUGACCUGCCUGCGCAAGAAACCGCGCAAACCCACCACAGUGCUGAAGAAGAACGCAGCGGGCAAGUCCAAGGAGGAGCUGGCCCUGGAGAAGAAACGCGAGCUGGAGCGGAGGCUGCAGGACGUCAGUGGCCAGCUCAACUCCGGCAAGAAGCCAGUCAAAACCAAAGCGGAGAAGCCCAGCACAGUAGAGCCACAUGCUGUUGCCUCUCGCCUGAGUGCCAGCAGCUCCAGUUCAGACUCUUCCUCCUCCUCCUCUUCAUCGUCGUCCUCCGACACCAGCGAGUCGGACUCGGGCUGAGCAGCGCUGCCGGGCACGGGCCUGGCGCCCUCAGUUGCCCAGGCCGGCGUUGUAGGCAGACAAGACCAGCCUGGUGCCAGGAUGUGUGUGUCUUUGGCACCAGGGGCAGAGAGAGAACUUUUCCUCCCGACCAGUGCAUGGAAUGCCCCACGAGAUCACCGUAGAGAUUGAGACGAGGGAGAGAUCGGAUGAGGAAGAGGAGAGGUCUCCUGCAGCAGAAUGAUGGGGCUGCUCCCCUCCUCCACAAAAGAGAGGGGGAGCGAUGGAACAGGGGCAUGCCAGAAAACGGACUCAUUCUCUGGGGUGGCAGGGCUGCCUAGAUUGCCCCCCUUCUCUUUACCAUGUAAAUACAUGUCAAUAUAUAUAUAUAUAAUGUAAAUAUCUAUUUUUCUUUUAUAAAGAAGAAUUUUAAGGAAUCCCCAAUUAGGGGAGAGAGAGAGUGAGUGGUCAGACUGUUUUUGUUUUGCUUUUAUAGUUUUUUUUUUCCUUUUUAAAAGAGGCGUUGGAUACGUUUGGUUUAGGUGGUAGUGAAUGUGUCUUGGAACCUGUGCCGCUUUUUCAAACGCAUACACACAAACCAGGAUAGUGGUGUUUUGUAGCUUGAUACAUGGUUCUACAUCAAUAUCUUUGCUUGCCUGACAGAACCCUGGCUCCCACUUUUUCCAGUCUUAUAUCUAAAAAUCAAUCCCAAGUUUAUGCAGUGCAUCUGCAACAUUGUUAUAGACAUCUGCAAUAUUGUAUGGACUUGCAUCUGAAUCCUUGUGUUGAUGUAGUGGCACAUGCAGUCAUCCCAUCAACUUCUGUAGAUAUUUUUCCUUUUGUUCUGUCAGUUUUUCAUGUCUUCAUCUCCCUACCCCAAGAACCACUCUGAAGGUUGGCUUAAGAGAUAGCUUGGAGUAUUUUCAGUUCAUUGUUCCUAAGAUCCAGACGUACUGCUUAAAAAGCAGAAUUGUAUAUGAGGCUUUAAUGUGAUUUAUUUUGUCUUACUGGGUUUGUUUAUUUUAAGGUGUGCUUGUGUGUGUGUAUGUCUGUAUUUUCAGUUCUUAUUUAUUUGCCUGGAGACUUCCAAUGCCUAAUGCAGGUCUUUUAACAAUUUAAUGGAUCCCUACCCUACACAUGAUUUCUUUUUUAACUCCUGUUGAUUCGGGAGUGGUUUUAAUUAAUAUUGUAUCACUGCUGUUAGUACUACUGCACGGAACUGUACAGGUAUAUGAAUUACAACACAACACAAUACUUGUUUCAGAUGUCUUGCGAAAAAAGAAAACAUGUACAUAAUCAACUGUUGUACAGCUCCGGAGCAUGUAUGUAGCUAUUGGUGAGACAUGGUUUACCCUUUUUCUUAUUCUGACUUCUGUGUUCUGUUGUUCUUCAUGUGACUUAUGGGGUUUUGCCUAUUUUUUGCCCUGGGGUUUUCUAAAAAAAGAAACUGUUGUCAAGCUACAGGCAUUGUCCCAACCCUUUCUGGUGUAGGAUCAACUGCUUCAGUAUACCAUCAUUUACGUUUGGAAAAUGAAAUAAAAGCAAUGACCAUUCUUUUAAAAAUAAAA